CGUUUACCGGAAGAGAUGGAGCCGGCGAAGAUGGCGUCCCCCAAGAGCGCCCCCAAAGACGCGCAGGUGAUGGCGCAGAUCCUGAAGGACAUGGGCAUCACCGAGUACGAGCCGCGCGUCAUCAACCAGAUGCUGGAGUUCGCAUACAGGUAUGUCACAACCAUACUGGAGGAUGCAAAGAUCUACUCGAGCCAUGCAAAGAAAUCCAGUGUCGAUGCGGAUGACGUGAGGCUGGCGAUCCAGUGUCGAACAGACCAGUCCUUCACAUCUCCACCUCCACGAGACUUCUUGUUAGAUAUUGCAAGGCAGAAGAAUCAGACGCCGCUGCCGCUGAUAAAGCCGUAUUCUGGACCCAGGCUCCCACCUGACAGAUACUGCUUGACUGCUCCCAACUACCGGCUGAAGUCCUUACAGAAGAAGGUCUCUUCCUCUGCAGGCAGAAUAACAGUCCCUCGCCUGAGUGUUGGUGCUGUGAGCAGCAGACCCAGCACUCCUACUUUAGGUACACCUUCAGCACAAGCUGUGUCCGUCUCAACCAAAGUGGGCACUCCAGUGUCACUGACGGGGCAGAGGUUCACUGUGCAGAUCCCCUCUUCCCAGGCUGCAGUCAAGUCAGCCACACCAACUACUCCAACAGUUCAGAAUGUUCUAAUUAAUCCUUCCUUAAUUGGACCAAAGAACAUUCUUAUUACUACAAAUAUGGUGUCAUCACAGAAUGCAUCUAAUGAAUCGAACACCUUGAAAAGAAAGCAUGAAGAUGAUGAUGACUACGAUAACCUGUGAGGAGACUGCCUGGUUCCCGUUCCUGUCCUCGAUUCACAUUGAGUCCAAUGGGGUUUUUUGCCAAGAGUUCUUUGUAAGCAGUGUGAGAGUGUGUAAAUACUUGGUGUGCAUUGGGUGUAGAGUGAGAGAGAUCUUUGCCUGUGGAAAAACAGCAAAGCAACUCAUUGUUUCCUGUGGACCACGGUGUCUCAUGGAGCUCAGCAGCGAUGGUGAGCACCGGUCCCUGUCACACAGGAGAACAGUCUUUGUGCCUUUUCUGUCACCUUAUUUCUAAAGGACGUGUCCAUGUCCCUGAACCCGGGGAGCCCUGUGCUGUAGUACUGUCUUUGGCCAAGUAAAAUUAGCUUUUAGAAAACUCUGGAUGAUGUGACAUAGAUAUUCCUUCUAAAUAACAUCAAAACCAGCCUUGGGAGACUGGGAGAGGGGGGACAGAGCUGGAACAGCAAAUCAGUCCAUGGGUUUUUUUCCCCUGAAUACAGUUGCUGCUUCUAGGUUGUGUUAGUUGCAUGCACUGUUCUCCAUGUGCAGUUCAGCGAGUGCAAAGAUCAUCUCUUAACAGUAGAAAUGCAGACAGAAGGAAGAGGAGUUGUACCAGGUUGAGACCCUGGUACUUGUUAAUCCAUGGUCUCUGUUAACCUGCACAUCUCCACCAGUACCCACUGCUCUAAGUUAAAGGGAAGGAAAACACAGCAAAGAUCUGUUCUUGGUUUAUUUCCAAAGAGCUUUGUUAAGCUGGUGCCUGUGUGUGUGAACUGGGGCAUGGAGGGACCUCUUAGAGGGUGGGAGGGGGCCUGAGCUUGGCUCUGAAGGGCUGACAUGAAGCUGCAAGGCUGAAUGCUGGGGUUUUGUAUAUUAAACAAUAAAUAAAGCAGUGUCUGUGGUUA